UCACUAAACAACCUCAUUCUGUUUUCCUUGCUGGCCACUUUCAAAAAAACCAAGCCAUCAUUUUCAGUUUUCACGGGUCAAAGAAGCUGCCCUCCUUUCAAUCAAAUUCAAACCAGCUCCAUCCUCCCCUGUUCGUGUUUCCUUCUCCCCUCCUCCACCCACCGCCGUCACGUCCUCCAAACCUCCCUCCUUCCCUUACGGUUUCACCACCCUCUACCCGCCGCUGCCUCUCUCCCUCAUCUGGUUCACGGUAUACAUUCUCCCAAUCAUCCCCAUUCUCACUUCAUCUUCUCCCCCAAGUAGCACUCUCUGUUCACUCACUCUCUAGGGUUUUACUUCACUCACCCUUUGCUCACAUCAACUUAGCUCAAUCAAUUUCCAGCACAAGCUCAGUGUUCGUUAGCGUUAGAUAUGGACACAGACGAGUCCUCUCGUGUGCUUCCCUUUCAGCUACAAUUCGAUAAACCUCUAGCUUCUCAGAUUAAAAUCGCGGAGUGGAAUCCCGAAAAGGACUUGCUCGCCAUGGUGACCGACGACUCGAAGAUCUUGCUCCAUCGUUUCAAUUGGCAACGAUUAUGGACUAUAACUCCAGGAAGAUGCAUAACAUCCUUGUGUUGGCGUCCUGACGGCAAAGCGAUUGCUGUUGGGCUUGAUGAUGGAACAUUGUCACUGCAUGACGUUGAAAAUGGGAAGUUGUUAAGAAGCUUAAAAUCACACUGUGCUGCCAUCAUAUGUCUUGACUGGGUGGAGGACAGUCACCUCAUUACAGAUGACUCUUGUCACUCUUCAAAGUAUGAAGAUAGAACCUCUCGUUUCUUUCCUCCUGCUCCAAGAGUUCCUCGGAUGCCUGGAUUAGUAUCUGGGGAUGACGGCUUUAUGGAUGAUGGUGAAGAUUCAUUUCAGGAUCUGUCAAAUUCUUCUCACCAACGAUUCAACAUCCUAUGCAGUGGAGACAAAGAUGGAAACAUUUGUUUUAGUAUAUUUGGCAUCUUCCUUAUAGGGAAAGUUAACAUACACAACCUCACUUUUCCUACUUCUCGUGAUGGUGCAGAAACAACUAGCAGACUUAUGAAUGCUUCUAUACACAAGGUUGCUUUAUCAAAAGAUCUUUGUCGUUUGAUAGUCAUGUGCUCCGGAGACCUUGUUGAUGAUGACUUGGGAACAAUUCACAAAACAGGGCAUAAUGGGCAUGGCCUGCAUUGUUUAGCACUUAAUACAGCUAUAUUCUGGAACAGGAGAAAUGAGCUCCAUCAAGUAGCUCAACAAGCUUCUAACAUUGAGGAUUUGACUGAGGUUAUUCGGAUAUCAUUAUCAGUUAUGUCCAGGCAGUGGUCUGAUGCCAUGCACACAUUUCAUGAGAAGUUCAGCUCUUUGUCUACUCUGAUUAUAAAUCAUGGACUUGAUUCCUCUCCUCAAGAGGAGUUCCUGAGCCUUUUGGGUGGUGCGAGGACUAGUCCACCGAUUCAUCAAUUUCUUGUUAAUACUCUUGGUGAAGUGGGUGUCAAGCGCAUUUCAAAGGUUCUCUGCGGUGCUGGCAAAGAACUUCAACGCAUUGUCUUAGAUCACCUCCAGCCUGCUGCAGAAGUUAUUGGAUUCAGAAUGGGAGAACUAAGAGGGCUUUCAAGAUGGCGUGCACGUUAUCACAGCAUUGGCUUGGAUGAGUCACUUAUUAACCAUGCAACAGAAAAGGCUGGUAUGCUACUUGUACAAGUUGAACGAUUUAUGAGGGUUCUUUCAUCUGUCGUGCAGCAGUAUUCAAACUUCUUCAACUGGCUAUUGAAGUGUAUAAAAUUACUCAUGUCAGAACCAAGUGACCAGCUUCUACCAUAUAACAGUGAACUUGUUAUUAUAUUCCUGAAGUUUCUGUAUGAACAAGAUCCAGUUAAACAACUCCUGGAACUAACAGAAACAGAUUAUGAUGUUGAAAUUGAUUUAGAGACCAUGGAAAGAGUUAGAGAAUUAGUUCAGUUUGGGGGAUUUUCCGACACUGAGUACCUAAGGAGAACAUUGGCUAAAGAAUUUCAGCAGAUGGAAUUAAGCUUUAAAGAGGCAUUUCAAAUGCCUUUCACUACAAUUUCAAGAAAGAUACUUUGUGAGGAUUUAUUACCACUGUUUCCUCUCCCAUCUCUGCCUACAGCAUCAUCAUCCUUGAGAAUUCCCACUUCAGUGUCAUAUUACGAGGAUUCCUCCAGAGCUUCUUCUUCACAUUUCACUAGUCAAAAUCAAGUUAUUGAUUACGUAUCGUUCCAAGUACCUAAUGAGUCUUUCUCAGAUAUUGUAAAUUGCAUAUGCAUAUGCAUAGUCAGAGGAUUUAUGCACGACUCCCUCUGUCUAAAGAAGGGAUAUAGUUCUUUGGAAGCUGUACUGUUAGGUGUACCUGUUGAUUAUCAAUGUGUGGAUCUGUCUCUGUAUAAGGAUACUCAGAUCGUCUUGUUACUAAAUAAAGCUACCGACGCUACAUCAGAAAGUGUCGGAGACGGUUGUAUGAUGAUUCUGCAAGCAUGUGACCUACCAUAUGUAUCUAUAUCGAGAUCUUCUUAUGCAGAUGGCUGGAGGUUACAAGAACUGAAGGAUUCUGUGGCUUACCUGCACCUUGGGGAUGAGAAAGCUCGCACCAUCCCUCAUUCUGUAAUUGCUCCAUUGGCAGUUAGUGCAUCAAGAGGAGUGGCUUGUGUAUUUGCUGAAAGAAAGCGCGCCCUGGUCUACAUUUUGGAGGAAGAUGAAGAUGAGGCCUCGGAUGCAGAAUAAUCCCUUACUGGAUUUCUUUUUCCUUUUUAAGCAUUUUGUUUAGUUAUUUAUUUGUGUAUGAGGGUUUGGCUAGCGUGUUGUCAUUUUGUUGAUAGUUCUUGGAGGCACGCCCUUGUCCCUAGUUAGCGUUUGUAUGUACAAUAUUAAGUUAAGUGUUUCUCUUAGGAUAAAAUUAAACGAGUUUAUUAGGUCAAAAUAUUGUAUAAUAGUUGAAGGAAGCUAUAGUGCUGGCUUCGUGAGAUAGUAAAUUAUUGAAACUUGUUUUAUUGUUAUAA